AUGGCUUCAAACAGUCUGUUCAGCAGCACCAGCCCUAUGCUGUACUGGGAACCUGUGGUGAAGCGAAGGCCAACAUCAUCACCCACCAGCCGGCAAGUAGAAGAACAGGAGGUCAGGUCUCUUCACCAGCACAGCACAGCACUACCCAGAGGCCUGGUACAGACUGACAGCCCUAACUUCCUGUGCAGUAGCCUGCCACAACACUGGAGGUGUAACAAGACCCUGCCGAGAGCCUUCACUGUGGUUGCUCUUGGCAAUGAUGUACCAGAUGGCGUGGUUGUCACUGUGAUGGCUGGGAAUGAAGACAACUGCAGUGCUGAGCUACGCAACGCCACAGCAACCAUGAAACAAGGCUAUGCCCACUUCAAUGACCUCCGCUUCAUAGGUCGCAGUGGGAGAGGUAAGAGUUUUACCGUUUCCAUCAAUGUGCUGACCACUCCCCCUCAGAUCGCCACCUUACACAGAGCCAUCAAAGUGACCGUCGAUGGACAGCGGCUGCCAAGACGACAGAGACAGAAGGAGGUGAAGUCAGGUGUGUACAGAUCAGCCAGCAGCUGCACUUCAUCAUCAGAUUGUCGAUCCUUCUCCUCUCCUCUCUGGACUAGUGAGCCACCCUUCCGGGGUCAGGUGACCUCUUUGACUCCCACUUUUACUCCAAGUCCCAGAAUGCAUCAUCUGCCUGCUCUGUCAUAUCCAAGUCAGCCCACACCAUACAGCUCCUACCUGUCUUCUCCUCAUCCUCCUCCCCCUCCACUGAGCCACAGUGGUUCACUCCAAUCAGGCAGUUUCUACUAUGGACCGAACCAACCGCACCAAACUACAGGGGAGGACCGCAGUGUUGUCACAGCACUGUCCAAUUACAUUGAAGGAGCAUGUCUCUCCAUGAGAGGGGAGGAGCCUGUCUGGAGGCCUUAUUGAUGAUUU